CUGAUAACCACGCCCGAAACCACAAAAGUUUCCGCGGUAGCUCUCAAAUUACCAGCGAAUGAUAUUGUGGAGGAAUUCAAUUGUUUGGUUGUGACCCGUUGUUCGGUGAGUAAAACAUGAUGUAGAGUAGAAUACAAUGGCUAAAGGAUUAUUUUUUUUUCUUGAAUGAAAAAAAAUUUUCUUUUAAUGUGAUCCCUAUCAAUCAUAAUUAUGUUAUGUACAUUGAUGUGAUAUUCAGGAUGGCGCCGUGCGUGGUUUGUUAUAUAAACUGACAGGACAGGAAUUUGAAUUGGACUUCGAG